CUUGUCAUUAAUAAUUCAAAUUAAGCUUCUCUUUGCUAUUCUUUUCUUUUCAACUCUUCUUCUUCUUCUUCUUCUUCAAUUUUUCCUUCUGUAAGGGAGAGGGGACUCUUUUAUAUCAGUGCCCUGUUUCCUUUCACUUAUUAUUGUUUCCCUUUUUCUUGUAAAACAAACAUUCCUUAAGAAAGUCAUGGAAACAAUGCAAGAAUUCACCAAUGCAAGUAUUGGGUACUCCUUAUCACAGCUCAUACUAGCAGGAGGAGGCACCAACACUUUGGACUUAAUUUUCUCUGAUUCUCCACCAUCAUCAACAACUACUACAACCACAGCCACCAUUACUAGCUCUGUUUUUGAACCUUUAGGCUCCUCUGUUUAUCUCCGCCAGAGAGAUCUGUUAACAAAAUUCUGCAAAGAAAACGACUACUCAAACACAAUUCUACCCACCACUUCUUCAACAACAAGUUCAAUCCUAAAUUACCCGUCGAGGACGAGGACCGAUUACAUGGCUCCUCCAAAGAAGAAGCUAUACAGGGGAGUGAGGCAGAGGCACUGGGGCAAAUGGGUUGCAGAGAUUAGACUGCCACAGAACAGAAUGAGAGUCUGGUUGGGCACUUAUGAGAGUGCAGAGGCUGCUGCUUAUGCAUACGAUCGUGCCGCGUAUAAAUUACGAGGUGAGUAUGCAAGAUUGAACUUUCCAAACAUUAAGGAUCCCAUGUUAUUGGGUUUUACAGAUAGUGCUAGAUUGAAUGCUCUGAAGAAUUCAGUGGAUGACAAGAUCCAAACAAUCUGUCAGAAGGUGAGAAGAGAGAGGGCUAAAAAGCUCGCAAAGAAGAGUAAUUCUGAUCACAAUGUCACCACCACUGGGAGCAAUAAGAGAGUGGGAAAGGUUGAUUCUUGUUCGUCUUCGUCGUCUGUUUCAACUCUGGGUUUUGGUGAAAACUUGGGGAGUGAGUGGGUUUCACCCACUGUCUCUGAAGAAAUGUUUUGGAAUUGUGAGAAUUCACCACCCUCUGUUUCCACAAAUUACCCUAUUCUGGUGCCAGAGGGGACUGAAUUCGAAGGGUGCUCGCUCGCAAAAAUGCCAUCUUUCGAUCCCGAUGUGAUUUGGGAGAUUCUUGCCAAUUGAUCCAUCAAGAAUUUGAAAGAUUCAGACAGACAUCAACUUGUCUCUGUUUUUAGUGUAAAUGUUAGUGUUGUUGAGGGCAGUCUAGUUAAGUACAUGCUAUAACUGUUUGUUGUAGAAUCCUCAUUAAGGUUAAUUAGGGUUAAGUAUGACCUUGGGUUUUUACAUGGAAGGCAAUUAAGGAUGUUUUUGUGAUUUGCUUCCUUUCUACACAAAUGGGUGUUAUGAUGGAAGCCAGUGGGACAUUUGUGUUGAGCAGUUAAUUGUUCUACUGUUUAGUCCAUGUAAUAAAAUUCAGCUUUUUGCUUAUAAUUUCACAUGUUUAGAUUUCACUGA